AAUGCUGAUCUCGGAGACUGACAGAGAAAGUGGAGCUGACGAUUAAUUCGGAGGGCAAUAAGGUUGAUUGCGGGAUGUCGAGCAGAUACUUACGGAUUACUCACAGAAAUGUCGGCCGCUGCUACGAGAACCUUUGAAAAACUCCGGACCAUAGUUGUGGCUACUCGGUGACCCGCAAUUACUCAAUGCCUGUAGCCGAACUUAGGAGUGAUCCGAUAAAGUUGGAUUUAGAGAUUACAGUAGCCUUCAAGCUGACUAGAAACACAACCUCUUGUCUCCCUCAGUUCCCAUCAUUCCGCUCUAAAAUCCUCAAUAUGCCUCUAUUUAGGAAGUGGUCAGAUUGGCAAUGGCGCAGGCAACAACAGCAUAUUCAUUACGAGUCACUGAUUCCAAGCAGCGAGAAACUUGACGAUGAUGAAAGUGAAAUUCACUUAAUUUUGCCUUCUUCAGUACAGAUUCCUCGGAAAUUGCGAGUACUCAAGCGAACUCUGGGACUUCUUCCAUGGGCAUUGUGUGUAAUUUUAUCGGUAUCUCUGGCAGCUGUGAGUUCAGCUCAUAGAAGGGCUCACCGCCAUGGCUCUUACGAAACUGGGUUUGAUACAGACUUGGGACCUGCAAAAUCAUCUCUCGGUCUAACCAAGGUCAAGUUCUAUGGCGGCAUUCAGGUCGAUCCAAACGGCACAUACUACCUGACGCACAAUCCUGAUGAACCCCACUAUGUAGGGGAAUCAAGCCCUGAAGUAGACGAAGCAUGGGAGCGUAUGCUACUGCAUAAGCGAUAUCUAGGUCUUACGUCCAAAGAGGCAGCUGAGACUGACUUCGAAAUCGAUGAGAAGGAUUGGAUUUUCGACCUUUACUGGGUUUCGCCAAACACUUUCCAUACGUUACAUUGUCUGAAUUAUAUCCGCAAAUCUCUAGAUAGGGAUCACUAUACCGAUAUCGAAGACCUUCCAGAUCGACCCUUCAGAAUGACACAUAGGAUGCAUUUAGAUCAUUGCAUAGAAGCAAUUCGCCAAACAGUGCAAUGCUCACUAGACAUGACUCCUGUUCCCCGGCCGUGGAUUCCCCAGGCGGGAAUAUAUCACGCUGAUGUUGAUCAGUGGCAUACAUGCCGGGAUUUCAGUGCGGUGAGAAAUUGGAUGGACUGGAGGAAUCGCGAUGAGAACGAUGAUGACUUUAUCAAUGUGACACAGCGUUAUAAAGAUAGAAAUGCUCCCUAUGCGAAAUGGAACCCUUGGUAGCGAGUCUUGUGCUGCAUUUAAGGUAGUUAAUAGAGGAGAGGAAGUAAGAUUAUUAUUCAGCAGUGACCUUUUACUAGUUGGUAUUGGAUAAACCUUAUUCAUCUCACACCAAUGCCGCACACACGUACUUUCAGCCAACUAAAGACCCCUCCUCGUAGAAACCCGGUCAAUAAGCAGGAGCAGAUCAACAGCACUGGCAUGAUGGCUAACAUCGACACC